AUGACGCCUCUCAGCGUUCUCCGAACAGGUCUCAAAAGUCGGCACACGGUGCAAGUAGUAAUUUCAGUGUCGAGGAGGCGUUUCCAUCCUUGUCCUAGGAUCCAAGCGGCCGAGAGUCCUGACUCUCUGAUCGCGAAUAUCAAGAAUACGUCUCUAUUUAAGAAGAUUGCCGACAAACCAGAGGCUCUGAAGGCUCUCUCUGACUUCGCUGCACUCUUACAGGAGCAAGGAUUUGAUGCGUCAGGACGUAACCCUCCGAGCACUAUGCAAAUGUUCAAGCUAGCCGCCAACUCUAAGUUCAGGGAGGGGGCCAGGCGCGUCGUCGACGAACUUCAGAAAGCUGGUAUUGAUCUUACAUCGAAGGUAAGGUCAAUCUGUGUUCCUCACUCGUGUAACUAG